CUGCACUCCACCAGAGUCCAGCUCUCUGCUUUGAAGGCGACUCCUCCUCCACCUCAGGUCCAGCCUACAUCGGUUCUUCAGCUUGCACCAACCAAAGCAGCCCCAGGCCUCCAGUAAGCCCCACCCUUCAGGCCCCACCGCUUCCCGCUCUUACCCUUUGGCUCCGUCCCGGUUGAGGAGUGCGCUGUCCCAGCCAUGGCGCGGGCUAUGGGACCUGAGCGGCGGCUGCUGGCCAUCUACACUGGCGGCACCAUCGGCAUGCGGAGCGAGGGCGGAGUGCUCGUACCCGGGAGAGGCCUGGCUGCCGCCCUGAGGACACUUCACAUGUUCCAUGAUGCAGAGUAUGCCGGGGCCCACCGCCUGCCCGAGGAUACGCUGGUGCUGCCCCCGGCCAGCCCUGACCAGAGGAUCAUCUACACGGUGCUUGAGUGCCAGCCACUCUUCGACUCCAGUGACAUGAGCAUCACUGAGUGGGUUCAGAUUGGCCAAACCAUAGAGAGGCACUACACACAGUACCAGGGCUUUGUGGUCAUCCAUGGCACAGACACCAUGGCCUUUGCUGCCUCAGUGCUCUCCUUCGUGCUGGAGAACUUGCAGAAACCCGUCAUCCUCACUGGUGCCCAGGUACCUAUCCAUGCGCUGUGGAACGAUGGGCGUGAGAACCUUCUGGGAGCCCUGCUCAUGGCUGGCCAAUACAUCAUCCCUGAGGUCUGCCUGUUCUUCCAAAACCAGCUCUUCCGGGGCAAUCGGACAACCAAGGUGGAUGCUAGGAGGUUUGCAGCCUUCUGCUCCCCUAACCUGCCCCCUCUGGCCACCGUGGGUGCAGAUGUAACAAUCAACCGUGAGCUGGUACGGAAGCCCAAUGGGAAGGACCAUCUGGUGGUGCACAGCAGCAUGGAACGUGACGUGGGCCUACUGCGCCUCUACCCUGGGAUUCCUGCCUCUCUGGUCCGGACCUUCCUGCAGCCCCCACUGAAGGGUGUAGUCAUGGAGACCUUCGGCUCUGGGAAUGGGCCCACCAAGCCAGACCUGCUGCAGGAGCUGCGGACGGCAGCUGACCAAGGCCUGAUCAUUGUCAACUGCACGCAUUGCCUUCAGGGGGCUGUGACUUCCAACUAUGCAUCUGGCAUGGCCAUGGCAGGAGCUGGCAUUGUCUCAGGCUUCGAUAUGACAUCGGAGGCUGCCCUGGCCAAACUGUCCUAUGUGCUGGGCCAGCCAGGGCUGAGCCUGGAAGACAGGAAGAAGCUGCUGGCCAAGGAUCUUCGUGGGGAGAUGACUCUGCCCACAAUAGACGAGCACCUGUCCUUGCUGCAAGAUGGCGUGCUGGGCUGCAGUGUGGAAUGGCUUCUUGGUCUGAGUGGCAGCCAGGAGGCUGAUGCCAUGAAAAAUGCCCUGAUGCCCAGCCUGGCCCUAGCUGCAGCUCAUGCCGGUGACCUGGACACUUUGCAGGCCAUUGUGGACCUGAGCAGAGACCUAAGCCUGAAGGACUAUAGUGGUCAGACCCCACUGCAUGUGGCUGCACGGAGGGGCCAUGCCGCUGUGGUCACCAUGCUGCUACAGAAGGGUGUGGAUGUCAAUGCCCAGGAUGAGGAGGGUCAGAGCCCGCUACUGCUGGCCGUGAGGGGCAGGCAUCAGGGUGUCAUUGGGCUGCUGCGGGCCGCUGGGGCUUGCCUAUCUCCCCAGGAGUUGGAGGAUGUUGGGACAGAGCUGUGCAGGCUGGCAUCCAGAGCUGACAGUGAAGGCCUGCGGGCAUGGUGGCAGGCUGGGGCUGACCUAGGACAGCUGGACUAUGAUGGACACUGUGCCCUGCAAGUAGCUGAAGCAGCUGGGUAUGUAAAUGUGGUGACCUUGCUACAGAGCUUUAAGGACACAGUCCAUGCCCAGCCUCAGUCCCACUGAGUCCUGCGCUGCGGCUGCGCUGAAGGCCACUCAGCGAGCUCCCAUUGGUCUGCAGCUGGAUCCUGGCACCUGGUAACCUAGAGCCAGUUCUGGAGACAGCCUGAGGAAACGGGCAGAUGGGUUGUCCAGAGCCUUUCUUGGGGACCUCUAGAAGGGACACUGUCUGCUGAAGAUAGAGGCUGCUGAGGCCAGGAGAGGCCCACCUCAGACCUUCACCUUACCAGCCUUGGGCUGGGUGAUUGGAAGCGCCUAGGCCCUUUCCCAGCAGCUACCCAUCCCCGUUGCAUUAUCUGGUGG